AUCCAUCUCUUUCUAUUUUUCUUUUUGACAGCGAGUAUUUUUGUAGGCCUCCACGAUGGGAGCUUACAAGUACAUGCAAGAAUUGUACCGCAAGAAACAAAGCGACGUCCUGCGAUUCCUGCUCAGGGUGCGCGUGUGGCAAUACAGGCAACUGACCAAGCUCCACAGGGCCCCCAGGCCCAGCCGUCCCGACAAGGCGCGCCGACUGGGAUACCGCGCGAAGCAGGGCUACGCCAUCUACCGCAUUCGGGUGCGUCGCGGAGGCCGCAAGCGCCCCGUUCCCAAAGGUUGCACCUACGGUAAACCCAAGAGUCACGGAGUCAACCAGCUGAAACCCGUGCGCAAUCUACAGGCCAUCGCUGAGGAACGUGUUGGUAGGAGAUGCGGAGGAUUGAGAGUGUUGAAUUCGUACUGGGUCGGACAGGAUUCUACGUAUAAAUACUUUGAAAUCAUCCUCGUGGAUAUUUCGCAUAAGGCAAUUAGACGAGAUGCUAAGGUUAACUGGAUAGUGGAGGCCGUUCACAAGCACAGAGAGUUGCGCGGAAAGACCUCUGCCGGAAGAUCAUCGAGAGGUUUGGGCAAAGGACACAGGUACUCGCAGACUAAGGGCGGUUCCAGGCGCGCCGCUUGGCUCAGAAGGAAUUCGCUCCAGUUGCGUAGGAAGCGAUAAAGUUAAGCUUAUAAUUUUUAUAAAUAUCAACAAUAAACUAUUUGUGGUGAG